GAUCAUUCUUAAACAUGUUCGAGAUAUAAUCACAUGUAGUAGUAGUAGAAACAACCCACAUUACACCAUUGGAAAAGAACCUUCCAUCUAACAAACACAUAUAUUUCAUUCUCUCUCUCUCUCUCUUUCUCUCUUUGAAAUCAGAAAAGAGAGAUCAGAGAUGGAGAUGGUGAAAAGAAGCGUUGUUGUUCUUCUUGUUGCGUUGGUUGUGUUUUCUGCUACGGUGGUGAGUGUGAAGGGUGAUGAUUCUGACACGAAGACGCUGGUGAAGUAUAAGCAUGGGAAGAAGUACUGUGACAAGGGUUGGGAAUGUAAGGGUUGGUCCAUUUAUUGUUGUAACCUCACAAUCACCGAUUACUUUCAAACCUACCAGUUUGAGAAUCUCUUCUCGAAGCGUAACGCGCCGGUGGCUCAUGCCGUCGGUUUCUGGGACUACCACUCUUUCAUCACCGCCGCCGCGGUUUAUGAGCCCUUGGGUUUUGGCACCACCGGAAACAAGACCACACAGAUGAUGGAGAUUGCGGCAUUCCUCGGACAUGUCGGCAGCAAGACCACUUGUGGUUAUGGAGUGGCCACCGGAGGACCUUUGGCCUAUGGUCUUUGUUACAAUCAUGAAAUGAGUCCUAGUCAGUCAUACUGUGAUGACUAUUACAAAUUCACAUAUCCCUGUUCUCCUGGUGCUGAUUACUAUGGACGUGGAGCCAUUCCUAUUUACUGGAACUACAACUAUGGCGCCACUGGAGAAGGUUUGGAUGUUGAUCUAUUGAGCCAUCCAGAAUACAUAGAGCAGAAUGCAACCCUUGCUUUCCAGGCUGCAAUUUGGAGAUGGAUGACACCAAUCAAAAAGUCACAACCCUCUGCCCAUGAUGCCUUUGUUGGCAACUGGAAGCCUACCAAGAAUGACACUCUGGAGCAUCGGGUUCCUGGUUUUGGCACCACAAUGAACAUUCUCUAUGGAGAUGGUGUUUGUGGACAAGGUGAUAUUGACUCAAUGAACAAUAUCGUUUCCCAUUACCUAUAUUAUCUUGACCUUCUGGGUGUUGGUCGAGAAGAAGCUGGUUCCCACGAUAUCCUUACAUGUGCUGAGCAGGUUCCUUUCAACCCAUCUUCCAAGGCUACAUCUUAAGUUAGAUUAUAUUUAUUAGCAUAUGAUAUUCUUGUGCCAAUCCCUUUGAAAGUGGUAAGUUAAUAAGGGUUCUUAAAGUUAUUGGUAUGCAAUAAUUUUGAACUGUGUGGCAGUGUGUGGAUUCUUUAUAGCUUUUCUUUGUUGUUGUGCAGAAGUCAAGUCAUUUGUAAUAUCAAACACUUCGUGAAAAAUCUAUAUCUUGUAUGGUAUAUAUUUACGUUAUGGUCGAUUUUGUUAUUAUAUACAUUCCU